UGAGAUACUUCAUAUCAGGCACCAUUAUGAGUAGCUACAUCAGCCACUUGAAUAUUUAACACAGCUGCUGAUCAGGUUACAGAUUACUAUUGAAUUAUUAAGCCCUGUAGAUUGCUGUGAAUUAGUCUGGGACGUUUUGCUGUGCGGGGGAGAAACAAACACUUUUACAGCAACAGGAGGUCACUGUAUGGACUGUACUCUUACAAAUCCAGCAUGAUUGGCCUGGAAAACCUGGGUGACCCAUCAGGAAACUGGGACAUUGUGGAGACGAUCGGUAAAGGCACUUAUGGCAAAGUUUACAGAGUGACCAACAGGAAGGAUGGAAGUCAGGCAGCAGUGAAGAUUCUGGACCCGAUCAAUCACUCGAGCCAUUCAAACAGAGAUGUGGACGAGGAGAUUGAGGCAGAAUACAACAUUUUGAGGACUCUGUCCAACCAUCCUAACGUGGUGAAGUUUUAUGGCAUGUUCUACAAGUCAGACAGUGUGUCAGGCGGACAGCUGUGGCUGGUACUGGAGCUGUGCAACGGCGGCUCUGUCACAGAACUCAUCAAAGGCCUGCUCAUGCGAGGACAGCGUCUGCAGGAGCCUGUUAUCUCAUACAUCUUAUACAGCGCCCUCUUGGGCCUGCAACAUCUGCACAACAACCAGAUUAUCCAUCGUGAUGUCAAAGGCAACAACAUUCUCCUAACGUCUGAGGGAGGAGUCAAAAUGGUCGACUUUGGUGUUUCAGCUCAACUGACCAGUGCACGGUUGCGUAGAAACACUUCAGUCGGGACUCCGUUUUGGAUGGCACCGGAGGUCAUAGCCUGUGAACAGCAGUAUGACUACUCGUACGACGCCCGCUGUGACGUGUGGUCACUCGGCAUCACAGCCAUCGAGCUGGCAGACGGAGACCCCCCCCUGGCUGAGAUGCAUCCAGUGAAAGCCCUCUUCAAAAUCCCGCGGAAUCCCUCCCCCACACUACGGAACCCAGAACAGUGGUGCAGGAGCUUCAGUCAUUUCAUCAGCCAGUGUCUGAUCAAGGAUUUUGAGGCCCGUCCAUCUGUGACCCACCUCCUGGAGCAUCCCUUCAUCAAGCAGGCCCAUGGCAAAGACGUGGCACUCCGUCAGCAGUUAGCUGCUCUCAUCCAGGAACAGCAAGACAUGGGCUGCAAAACCAAAACCAAGCGAGAGAGGAUCAAUACUCGUAAAACCCUCAUAAUAGAGAGCUGUCCCGAUGAUGAUCUGGUAAACCUGGAGUUCUUAGAUGAGGAGACAAUAAUCAGCCAUCUCCAAAAGAGGUAUGAUGACCUCCAAGUGUACACUUACGUUGGUGACAUCCUCAUUGCUCUCAACCCCUUCCAGACUCUCAGCAUAUACUCUCCAAAGUUUUCGAAGCUCUACCAUGGCGUGAAGCGAAGCGACAACCCUCCACACAUCUUUGCUACAGCAGAUGCCGCUUACCAAGGCAUGAUGACAUUCUGCAAAGACCAGUGUAUCAUAAUCAGCGGUGAGAGCGGUGCUGGAAAAACAGAGAGUGCUCAUUUGAUUGUUCAACAUCUAACCUUCUUGGGAAAGGCGAACAACCGGACGCUGCGUGAGAAGAUCUUGCAGGUGAACCCCCUCGUCGAGGCCUUCGGAAACGCCUGCACGGCGAUCAAUGAUAACUCCAGUCGCUUCGGUAAAUACCUGGAGAUGAAGUUCACGCCCACUGGAGCGGUCAUUGGGGCCAAGAUAUCAGAGUAUCUGCUGGAGAAAUCAAGGGUCAUCAAACAGGCCGUUGGAGAGAAAAACUUCCACAUAUUUUAUUAUAUAUAUGCUGGGCUUUACCACCAAAAUAAGCUGAGGACGUACAGGCUUCCAGACAGGACACCUCCCAGGUACAUCGACAGUCGGCACUGCAAAGUGAUGCAAGACAUUGUCUCCAGCAAACUGUACAAGGAACAGUUUGAGGCGAUACAAGAGUGCUUCCGAAACAUUGGCUUCACUGAAGAGGAAGUCAACUCUGUUUACAGGAUUCUCUCGGCCAUUUUGAACACAGGCGAUAUUGAAUUUGCUGCCAUUACAUCUCAACACCAGACUGAUAAGAGUGAAGUACCAAACUCCGAGGCCUUAGAGAAUGCUGCAUCUCUCCUCAGCAUCGGCCCUGAGGAGCUCCAGGAGGCGCUGACCUCUCAGUGUGUGGUCACCAGAGGUGAAACCAUCAUCCGCACCAACACUGUAGACAAAGCCGCCGACGUCCGAGACGCCAUGUCUAAGGCCCUGUACGGACGCCUGUUCAGCUGGAUUGUUAACCGCAUCAAUUCCUUGCUGCAGCCCGACAUGAAUAUCUGUUCUGCCGAGAGUGGCAUGAAUGUGGGAAUCCUGGACAUCUUUGGAUUUGAAAAUUUUAAAAAGAACUCGUUUGAACAACUGUGCAUCAACAUCGCAAACGAGCAGAUACAGUUUUACUUCAACCAGCACAUAUUUGCCCUUGAACAGAUGGAGUAUCAGAGCGAGGGAGUGGAUGCCAGCCUGGUGGAGUACGAGGACAACAGGCCCAUCCUGGACAUGUUCCUGCAGAAGCCCAUGGGACUGUUGUCCCUGCUGGACGAGGAGAGCCGCUUCCCUCAGGCAACUGACAAAACAUUAGUGGAUAAGUUUGAGGACAAUCUGCGCUACAAGUAUUUCUGGAUACCAAAACGUGUGGAGCUUUGUUUUGGAAUUCAGCAUUAUGCAGGAAAGGUAAUGUACAGCGUGAACGGAUUUUUGGAGAAAAACCGAGACACUCUACCCGCGGACAUUGUCGUGGUGCUGAGAACGUCAGAGAACAAGCUUCUUCAGCAGCUGUUUUCCAGCCCCUUAACUAAAACAGGAAAUCUGGCAACAUCCAGGGCGAGGGUCACCGCAGCCUCCAGAUCUCUGCCACCGCAGCUCAGUUCAGGGCGGACCAAGUCUCCCAAAUAUCUAUUGAAGGUGGACACCAUGGAGAUGAUGCGACACCCAGAAGAAACCACCAACAUGAGGAGACAGACUGUGGCCUCCUACUUCCGUUACUCCCUGAUGGACCUGCUGUCUAAGAUGGUGGUAGGUCAGCCCCACUUUGUGCGCUGCAUCAAACCCAACGAUGACAGGCAGGCACUGCGCUUCUGCAAGGAGAGAGUGAUGGUGCAGCUGCGCUACACCGGGAUCCUCGAGACAGUGAACAUCCGUCGACAAGGCUACUCCCAUCGCAUCCUGUUUGAAGAGUUUGUCAGCAGGUAUUACUACCUUGCAUUUCGGGCUCACCAGAUGCCUGAGACGAGCAAAGAGAACGCUGUCGCCAUACUGGAGCGGUCCAAGUUAGAAGACUGGAUGCUCGGGAAAACAAAGGUUUUUUUGAGGUACUACCACAUGGAGCAGCUAAACCUGCUGCUGCGGGAGGUGAUCGCUCGGGUGGUCGUACUGCAAGCUUACACCAAAGGUUGGCUGGGGGCUCAACGUUACCGAAAAGAUAGACAGAAGAGGAACCGUGGAGCCAUCAUCAUCCAGUCAGCCUGGAGGGGUUAUGUUGCCCGGCAGAACCUCAAGCAAAUAAAAAAGGAGCGUGAAGAGGCCGCUGUCCGUAUACAGUCAGCUUACAGGGGCCAUCAAGUGCGUCGCGAUCAAGGACCUCAGAGGAACAGAUGUCAUCCUGAGGCUGCAGGAAAGACCACCAAUGAGGAGCAAACAAGGUCAAACAGUCCAAAAGGCAAAGAGACUCAUACAGUUCUAAUACACAGAGGAAAUGUUGGCCCCGACAGCCGAGACAGACAAGUGAAAGACUUGAAGAGAGACAAAGGCAGAGCACAAGACAGUGUAACGAAGCCUUGCAGGGAGACAGCCAGACUGCGAGACGUGCAGAGUAAACAAGGUCCAGUGACGAAGCUGCAGCAGAGAACUCCUCGCCGGCGGGGCCAGCAGCCCAAGCUGCUCAACAGCCCUGAAGACAGUCUGUACUACAACCAGCUAAAUAGAACUCUGGAUUACCAGGGGAGCAAGAGGAAGCCGAGAAAACUUGGGCAAAUCAAAGUGUUGGAUGGAGAAGAUGAGUACUACAAAUUAUUGUCAGCAGUGGAGUCGAUCCCCGAGGAGGACUACAUGCCUGCCCCCUCUCCCGCCCUUUCUAGUGGGCCUCUUGUCAGUCAGAGCUGAGCCUUACAACCAUGUCAACUGAUUGCUGUCUUCAUUGUAGGACUGGACCAAAGCAAACUGCAUCUCAACAUUAACAUUUGUUGUAUAUUAAAUUGUUAUUUUAUAUGAGUCAAAUAAAUGUUGUCAGACAAU